AGCUGGUUGAAGUGGUCAUGUGACCGCCUUCUCUUCCUCCUCUUUCCCUAGUCCCUUGGCCUUUGGUGGGCGAGUGUCGGAGGCAGGAUGGCGACCUGGACCAAGUACCAGCUCUUCUUAGCCGGCCUUAUGCUGGUCACCGGUUCCAUCAACACCCUCUCGGCCAAGUGGGCCGACAAGCUGAGCGCCGUGGGGUGCAAUGGGACAGAGGAACACAACUUCCAGCACCCUUUCCUCCAGGCGGUGGGCAUGUUCCUGGGGGAGUUCUCCUGCCUGGCCGUCUUCCACCUCCUCCGCUGCCGAGACCGUCGCAGGGCAGAGCCCGUCAUGGCCGCCUCGCAGCCCUUCAACCCCAUCCUCUUCCUGCCCCCGGCCCUCUGCGACAUGACCGGGACCAGCCUCAUGUAUGUCGCUCUCUACUCCGUGCCGGGGAUCUGCCGCUGGCUCGCCCAGCCCUACUACCCGCUCUCGCUCCUGCUCUCGGUGGCCUUCCUGGGCCGCAAGCUGGCCCUCAGCCAGUGGCUGGGCAUCCUGGUCACCAUCCUAGGCCUGGUGCUGGUGGGGCUGGCCGACCUCCUCAGCGGCAAUGGGCAGAGCCACGGACUCAGCCAGGUCAUCACAGGUGACCUUCUCAUCAUUAUGGCUCAGGUGAUCGUGGCCAUCCAGAUGGUGCUGGAGGAGAAGUUUGUCUACAAGCACGACGUCCACCCCCUCCAGGCAGUGGGCACCGAAGGCUUCUUUGGCUUCGUCAUCCUCUCCCUCCUCCUGGUGCCCAUGUACUUCAUCCCGGCCGGCGAGUUCGGCAGCGAGCCCCGCUUUGUCCUGGAGGACGCACUGGACGCCUUCUGCCAGAUCGGCCACCGCCCGCUCAUCGUCCUGGCCCUGGCGGGCAACAUCCAGAGCAUCGCCUUCUUCAACUUCGCCGGGAUCAGCGUCACCAAAGAGAUCAGCGCCACCACCCGCAUGGUGCUGGACAGCCUCCGGACCGUGGUCGUCUGGGCGGUCAGCCUGGCCCUGGGUUGGGAGGUCUUCCACGGGCUGCAGAUCCUGGGCUUCUUCGUCCUCCUGGCCGGAGCCGCCCUUUACAACGGGCUGCACCAGCCGCUCAUGGACCGCCUGCCCUGCCGGAGGGAGAGGGCUCCCGGCACUGCGGGUCCCGAGACAGACAGGGAAGGACUCUUGGCCGCGGACGGAGGGGCGUCCAUCAACGGGGACAGCUGAGCCCGGCCCCAGCGCAGUCCUUUUGGGACCGAAAGGCGCACAGAUAGAUGCCUUCGACUCCGGCAGCUGUGUUUUGCCAUAACUUCUGGGAAGUUGUUCUCCCCUUCGGUCAUUUUACUCACUAUAUAUCAGGCCUGGGCAAACUUCAGCCCUCCUCCAGGUGUUUUGGACUCCAACUCCCACAAUUCCUAAC